AUGCCCGUGACCGAUUCUACCGCCCGCCACUUCUUUACAGCCCCCGCCUAUGCUGUGGUGGGGGCAAGCUCCAACACUGCCAAGUACGGACACAAGAUCUUUGCGUGGUACCUGAACCAUGACCUGCCCGUGACGCCUCUCAACCCUGCGUCGCCGUCGGUCACCGUCGCCGGCAAGGACUACGCCACCCUCCCCAACGUCGCCGCUCUGCCCAAGCCCAGGGAGACGGCUGUGUCCAUCAUCACGCCCCCGUCCGUCACCCUGGGCGUGCUCAAGGAGGCGCAAAAGGCCGGUGUGCCGUCGGUGUGGCUGCAACCGGGGACGUUUGACGAUGAGGUCAUUGACUUUGCCACAGCCGAGGGGAACUUUGAGGCUGUCGUCUACGGAUCUGGUGGCCGUGGAUCGGAGGGUUGGUGCGUCCUAGUUGAUGGAGAGAAGGCCAUCAAGGAUGCUGGGAAGCUGUGA